AUGGAGAACUGGGGCAGACCGGAGAAGAUCACUUACAAGCGGUGGAGAAAUCCUGAUGAGGGGGGCAAGUCCAAUUUUGUGGGCCAAAGCGAUGAAGUUCAGGGCUCAGACUAUGAGAUCUGCACUGUAGCCUCAGCAGCUCUAGACAUGGGAAUUAGAAAGUCUUCAUCUGGAUCUAGACCAGAUAAAAGUGAAGACACUUUUACAGUUGAAGAUGCACUAGAGGCCGUCGGCUUUGGCAAGUUCCAGUGGAAGAUGUGUUUCCUCACUGGACUGUCAUGGGUAGGAGACGCCAUGGAGAUGAUGAUCCUCAGUAUUUUGGCCCCCGAGCUGCACUGUGACUGGAGGCUUCCCAGCUAUCAGGUGGCUCUCAUAACAUCGGUGGUAUUCAUCGGGACAGGGGUCGGCUCACCUCUAUGGGGGAAUUUUUCCGACAAGUACGGCAGAAGAAUCGGCCUGAUCUUUUGCAUGUGCUGGAUUCUGUACUUCGGCCUGCUGAGCUCCUUUGCUCCAGUGUUCGGCUGGCUGUUGUUCCUGCGGGGCCUCGUAGGCUUUGGCAUAGGUGGAGCUCCUCAGGCGGUUACGAUGUACUCUGAAUUCCUCCCAGCGAAGGCCAGAGGCAUCAGCAUCACGAUGAUUGCGGCAUUCUGGGCCAUUGGUGCUGUGUUCGAAGUCCUCCUGGCGUUGUGGAUUAUGCCCACGCUUGGCUGGAGGUGGCUUCUCGGCUUGUCCACGAUACCCAUGGUUGUAUUUCUGUGCCUCUGUUUUUGGCUGCCAGAAAGUCCACGUUUUGACGUGCUAAUGGAGAAAAGAGACAGGGCCAUGGCAACUUUAACACACAUGGCCAAAGAGAAUGGGAAGGCUUUGCCUAAAGGGAAGCUGACUGCUGUCAAACAGAUUCAACGCGGACGUAUCAAAGAACUGUUUGCUCCUCAAUACUGGAAGACGACUCUUCUUCUGUGGUUCAUAUGGUUUGCCCAUGCCUUCUCAUAUUACGGGAUAGUCCUGUUGACAACUGAGCUGUUCCAGGCUGGAGAUUCAUGUGGCUCGACCCAGGGAGCAAAGAUCGAACCAAACUGUAGCCUGGAAUGCAAAUAUUUGACAUCAGCAGACUACAAGGACCUUUUAUGGACAACCUUUGCUGAAUUUCCAGGGAUAUUAGUCAUCGUUGUUGCAAUCGACCGAAUUGGCAGGAAGAAGAGCAUGGCGCUGUGUUUCUUCAUGUUUUCUUUGUGUAUUCUGCCUUUGUAUGCCUGUAUUGGAAGGAUAGCUCUUACAGUCUUCAUCUUUAUUGCCAGAGCGUUCAUCUCUGGAGGAUACCAAGUCGCCUUUGUCUACACACCAGAAGUUUUCCCUACAGAAAACAGAGCACUGGCGAUGGGGACUUGUAGUGCAAUGGCCAAGGUGGGCGCCUUGAUUACUCCCUUUGUGGCACAGGUGAUGCUCAGGAAAUCAGUGUAUCUGACUCUGUCCAUAUACUGCGGCUGCUGUGUGCUGGCUGGCAUCACAGCCCUGAUCCUGCCUAUUGAAACACUUGGCAGGAGUCUGCAGGAGUCCAACAUAGACCAGGAGACAGGAAAUACAAACACCACAACCAGUCAGACAAAUGGUCACACAAACUCUUAGAAAUUACAGCCAGGAGAUGGGAUCAAGACGGGGAGUGAAAGGAUGUUUGGCAUCUACAUCCAAGUGCCAGGCUGGUCUGUGUUUACCAUGGAUUAAACCAUCUGAGUAACGAUGAGCUAAGUGCAACCAUGGAGAGCCUUCACGAGCAGGAAGAGAUACCUGUGGAAUGACCUACCUCCCAUAAUGAGCGUGAAAGUGCAAUGUGUUUGCACUAGUUUGUUUACAAGUGAUCAGGAAAACAAGGACAUUCUCAAAGCAGUAAUAUAGCGUUUUAGCUAAAUUUGUAGCUACAUGUUUAAAGAACGGGUGUGCACUUACAGUGUUUCUCAACUGGUCUAGCCUCAGGACCCACUACCACCAUGAGUAAUCACAAACCACAUUUGUGAUCAUUUUCAACCUCUUAAAAGUAUUUAAUGAAAACUGUUGACCAUGGAGCCUAAUGGAACACAACAUGUAGAUGUCAUGCAUACAGUUUAUUUACACCACUUUCGAUGACAAUGUAAAUUUAGACAUUAACACAUUCUAAUGGGAAAAAAUAAGUCCAGAUCAUGAGAAAACAACCAACAUUUUUCACUACAAACAGCUCUGCAACCUGCUUUUGGCUCCUGACCCACCAGUUGAGAAUCACUGACUCAAAGGACUCAACAUACAGGCUAGUUAAUAUAUUUUGUAAUUAAGAAGAAUAUUAUUGUUUUACUUUUAAAUGUUUUCUAAUUAAAUUUGUAACAUCUACA